CACGCUAUUGGGAAAAUGGCGGCGUCCAAGGGGCAUGUUGUGUUAAAAGCAGUCAAAAAGAUAACUGUGCAGUUUUGUCCUUUCGAGUCGAAUGCUAAAUCUACUAGGGAAUUUCUCACUGCUCUAGGACCAGAAAAAGUACGUUCAACAAACAGCAACUGUGAAAUAGUAACAGAAGUAAAGCAUGAUCGUUCAGAACCCAUUGUAGAUGUUGCAUUUGCUGAUGGAGAGCGAUUAGUAAUGAAAGGUGCACAUUUGACAGCCAGAGAAAUGUUGCAGGCUUUCCAGACAAAAUGCAGUUCUAAAGAAAGUCAGGAAGAUGUGAAGAAGUAGUCAAAAGUAGUAUAAACACGAGUUUAAUAUCAUAUUCAAGAGCACAUGAAAUAGUAGUUAAAAAAACUGUAUGAACACUAUGCUACUAUUGCUUGGAUCAUUUUGAAUAGCUUUUCUAAACUAUAAAGUCGAGAAAAGCCUCCAGUCAAAUCAAAUGAACUUGAUGAAUGUCUACAUUGUUUUCAUUUUCAUUUCACUGUUGAUAUGGACAUAUGGAGGUAAUGUUAUUUGUUGGGUGGUGGUAGGGGAUAAAAAGGAUCAUAGGAUCAUAUCUAUCAAAGAUGGGCUUCAUCUGUGAAAAAUGCAGCUUUGCCUGUGGACUUAAAUGGUAUCUAUUUUUUUGUGGAAGUGAUUAUACUUAAAGAAAUCUGGUUACCUUGUAAAAUGAACAUCUCUUCAGCUUUUCUCCUGUUGUGUUGCUCUGUUCUGUACAAUGUUUUCACAUUUUGACAGUGGAUUAAUGCUUACAUCAAAUAGUUCUUUUUUUGGUACUUACGUAUUAUCGCAACCAGAUUUUCGCGGUUGCGAUAAUACCAUGCUAGCAUGAAAACGAGUGGGGGAAACACCGCAAGCUGUUAUUUGAAGUCCUUGCUGAUGAAAAGUAAAUUUGGAAAACAUUCAGGAUGAGAGAAACAAUCAUUUUAGUCUUCUUCCUGUUUUGUGUGCAUUACAUACGCAUGCUUCAACUGUCUCAGAUUUCUAGGGCAGUAUAAUUCAUUAUGUAACAGUGGAACAAGUUGAUAUGUUCUGCAGUAGUGAGUGCAAGCUGUUGGGUGCACUAAUAUAGCAAGCCGUGGGCACAGUUACAUAAAAACAGAAACAUUGCAAUGUUCUUACUUGCUGAAGAAAUGUGAAGUGAAGCAAUAUUUGGUGAGAGUAAUUGCAGUCAGUAAGAGAGUAGCCCUGACAACUGAAGCCUCUGCGCACUUUACUGCCAGCUACAUAACAUGGUGUCAGAAAAGUGCAUUCAUAAACAGCACCACUAUGUUUUUCCUUUGUUUUAGGCAGGGUUAUUAAUAAAAAUAUUCACUGUGAAAGAAAACACAUUGACAUCUUCACAGCAUUAAGAGAAUGCAUUUAGACAUCGUGAAGCAACCGGCAUUAUCGCGAAUGCUGGUGGUGAUAAUACGGAGUGCUGGAUAUCUUACAUAUUCCCAGUGUAAGGAAAGCAAUUUAAUGCACAAUGCUUUGUGUACUUCAGCAGUCAGAAACAGGAUGUAAAACAUGAAAGAAAACACAUUGCUUGACAUCUUCACGGCAUUUAUGGUUAAAUUUAAACAUCGUGAAGCAACCAGUAUUAUCGCAAAAAUCUGGUUGCGAUAAUACGUAAGUACCCUUUUUUUUCCUGUAAAAGAAACCACUAAGAAUAGGAGAAAUAAAUGUUAAUAUGUUCUGUGUGCAUUACUUGUUUAUUAAGUUCAGCCCAUGCAGUUUGUAAUUUAUCUGUGUUGGAAAGUAGUGUUCUUGUAUUGACUCAUUGCAGUUAUGACCAUUUCAGAUAUUAUGAUUGUUAAAUGUUUUUCUUACAAAUUGCCAUCUGCUGCUGUAUUGUAUUUUGAUGCCUCAGUAAACUGAAAUAUUAUAGAUAAGUCAGCUAAGAUGAAAACUUUAGUUUGUAACAUUUUGGCUUUUUAUUAUUUAUCUUGAUUGACAUACUUUUGUGAUGAUUUGAAAUGAUACAUUUUUAAAAGUAAUUAAAAUCAUAAUUAUGGGUUGCAGCAGUUUGUAAAGGAAACUGUAUGCAUGCAUUGAGAUUA